UGCAUUUGCUCCAUUGGUGCCAGUUAAGAAGCUCCAGUGAGAAGAACACACUGAAUUUAAACAAAAAUUUAAAAAAGCUACAAGCAACGCAGCUACAAUACUCGCAAUGAUCAAAGGGCUAAUCAUGUUGUUGCUCUUAAACACAACCCAAGCUUGGAUCUGCAUGCUCUGUCCUUGCAAGAGUCUUGAUUCCUGGGGUUGGGCAGCCAACUGCAAUUUGAUGGAACUCAAGGAGAUGCCCCUCCUGAACUCAAGCAUCAAAAUUCUUCAUCUGCAAAACAAUAAUUUGACCACUGUUCCUCUUGGUGCUUUGGAUAACUUGACCAACUUGGAGGAAAUUGAUUUUUCCAACAACCCUUGGCACUGUGACUGCUCUAUUUUAUAUCUCAAGGAGUGGCUGGCAGACUUCAAUAAAAGUUCUCUUGCAAAGGCAACCUGUAAAACUCCAGCUUUUCUAAAUAUGAAGGCCUUGAGCCAGCUGAAAGGGAAUGAACUGGAGGGAUGUAGGAAACCCCUGCCAAUUAGUUGCCUUGAUUUUUUUUGGACGGACCUUGGUCUGAUUAUUUUGGCAAUCAUUGUCUUAAUUUUAGCAGCAUGCGUUUUGCAACGUUCAAAGCAGUUAGUUUUGCAAGCCAGCAGAAAGCAGCAUUCUUCUGAAGUCCCACUGCUACAGUUCCAUGACCUGGAAAAUCGGAAGUCCAAAUGAAAUGCUGAAGUGGGCAGUAAGAAGCUGUAAGAAUAAAACCAUCCAUGUAAUAUUGUAUUUUGUGAACUGAAAGUGCCUAUAGUCACAACUAAAGGCCUCUUUUGGUGAAGAUAUAACACUUUCUCUCUCACACACAUAUUUCCAUAUGUGUAUGCCAAUAAUCACUAUCAUGAUAUUAAGCCAAUAAUUCUGACAGAUAAGUUGUUUUGUUAUGUAAUUGUACUAUACUUAUUAAUGCUCCGAUAUGCAUAAUUGAAAUGUGUUUUCAUGUAUCACAGGUUCUGUUGCUAUGGCAUUCAGUCAUUCAGCCAUAUAAUCAUUCACAAAGAGA